AUGCUAAAGCGCAGUUUAUCUCCUGAUACCACGGAUGGUGAUAGUGUCAAAGCACCACGCCGUAAUGAGCCUGUUGUUCUCGCUGCUGCUGAUGGUGGCGGUCCCGAGAUGUCUACAGCAUCGCCAUCAGAACCUCUGGAUGAGUCUUUUUUAUUACGAUCACCUUCUCGUUCAAGGGGAUCAUCCCAAAGCCUGGGCGAAAGCGAUCAUGAGAGCUACCACUCAGCAAGAAGCAUUUCGGAAAUCGAGAGCGUAUAUACGGACAGCGAAGCAGAUGAUGAUGAUCAAGACGAUGUGGAGCUAGACAUGUCGUAUCAAAGGGUUAGUAUCAAGAUACCCCCUUUGCAUCAAGAUCACGACGAGAAUGAAAAUCAUCGAACCUUCGUAUAUGGUGUGGAGGACAUGGAUGGUGGAUUCGGGGAUUCGUUACGGGACUACAUGCUGCUUGUUGAUGCUUAUCCAUCAGUGUCGAGACAUGAUAGCGUAUUCACACGUAUAUGCAAACAGCUAUUUAAAGUACCUGAAGAUGAGCAAAUUUAUGUCACGCAUGGGGUUUACGACAAGUAUGUGAAAGCUACUGCAAACUGCCGAGCCAAACUGUCCCUCAUUUUCAAGGCUGUCAUGAAAACCUACACCUUUGAUGCUACCACUCUUCCGGAACGAUGCAAAAAGAGCCGCAAAAGGCAAUUCAAGUACAUGAUGGAUGCUAUGAGAUUUGCCCGCAAGGAUUACUUAUCAUCGGGAGCCAUCUUGCAGAGCGCUGCGUUAGGUGAUGUCAUCGCGAAGGUGUUUUACCAUGGUAGAAAAGGAAUCCAAUUGUCGUUAAAGGAUUGGGAUGAUCAAGUUCCUCGCCCGGUGAUUGCCUUUGCGUUUGUUUUUAUGUACAUCAACAUGAGCUUGCUGUGUACCAAAAAACGAGAACAACGAUCCUUGAGAGGCCGUGACGUUGGUGCGAUUCGUGCAUCACUCUACCGAAACACACUGAAGGGGAUCUAUGAUAAUGGAGAGGUCGCGGACUGGGACGAGGUGCAACGUGUGCAAACAAGGCGAGUGCGUCAAAACCUCGAAAGUCGCCAAGUAUCUGGUCCUUCUUCUUUUGGUCCAAUGAGUGCCACUUAUGAGCCAAAGUAUCAAGAUGGGAUUUACAACUCUGAGAGUGAUGAGGAAUAG